AUGUCUCUUCCUCGAAGAAAUACAAAAUGGAAACAGUUGGAAAUUAUUGAAUUUUUACGAAAUAGAAAAGAAGACUUGGAUCUUGAAGAAGAUAUUCAGAUAAUUAAAGAUAACCGGUUGCCGGUCUUGCAUUCCUUUGAUUAUUUAAAGAACAACUUAAAGCUUCACCAUAUAAUCUCCUUGAAUCUCCUUGAUGGACCAACUGGAGCAAUCGCAGGAUUGAUUAGGAAAAUUAAGAACAAAGAGGAAAUUUGGUACAUUGUGGAUGGAAAGAUACCAGCGAAAGUUGAGACCAAACCAAUUCUUGUUUCGCCUAAGAAAGAUUAUUAUAGAAACUUCGAUAAGUAUAUUGGGGCAAUAAUACGGUUCAUGCCACAGAUACUCAUCGAGAAAACAAUUGUUAAGAGUAAUGCGAGAUUAUUAGAUUUUGUUGGAGAAAUUAACCAUGAUGACACUGUUUGGCUAUCCGAUAAAGAUAUACUUGAUAUAAAAGAAUAUCCUAAAUUGAUAUUUAAUGAAAUUGAAGAGAUUGAGGAUGGCAAGUAUUAUAAACCGAUUCAAAAGAAUUUUAAAUCUGUUGAUGCGGUUGUUGCUCUUAAUAUACUCUUUCAUCCUAUCAAGAUGAAAAGCUUAUUGGCAAGUUAG